AUGGCUGUGAGCCAGGGAGGGAAGCACGACCCGCUUGCGGUAGGAUGUAGAAGUGGCGAGCGUGGCGGCGUGUUGCCACCCGUGGAGAGCAAGGCUUGGUUCCCCAGAGAAGCUGCCUACUGGGCAGCCUGGGCGGACGCUUUGCCAGUCAUAGUCAUAGCCCAACGUCGCCCCGGCAUGGCCGACCAUUGCAUCACACAGCUGACUCUAGGCGCUCACUCCUCCCGCGCCUGUUUCCGUGCCGCAGCAACUGCCGGCGCUUUCUUGCGCGAGCACGGCUGGGAAGCUUGUCCUCCAUGGGAAGCGUUCCGCACUCCUUCCGUGUCCCAUCCUCGCCUCGACGCUGGGGAACCAAGCCUUGCUCUCCACGGGUGGCAACACGCCGCCACGCUCGCCACUUCUACAUCCUACCGCGAGCGGGUCGUGCUUCCCUCCCUUACAGCAGCAGGCCACACGCUCACCAGUGCGGCGCUCGCCCCCGGCACGCCGGCUACCUUGGCUGCUCUCACCAACCCAGAGCGCCGCCCUCCCGCUCUGACGCGGCCUCUACCGGACCACCUCCCUGCUUUCCAGCCGGCAACGGCCCUCCAACUCACACAGCGGGACCAGCAGCCGGACUUUCCGGCGCCACUAUCCAUGGAACAUUACAAACUUCUCUUGGAAAGCGAGGAAGGGUUACAGCUGUUCACACACGCAGUGACCCAACUCGGCCAAGCAGCGGUCCCGGAACCCAUCCUGCGCGCCCUCGCCUUAUCCCGCCUAACAGCCCUGACCAAACCAGGGGGGGCUGGUGUGCGCGGGAUCGCCACCGGCGACGCGCUGCGUCGCCUCACUGCUCGAACCCUCGCGCGUACCCAUGCAGCGGUGUUCGACACUGCCACCCGGCCGUACCAAUUUGCGCUCCACGCGUGCGCCGGCACCGACGCGCUGGCGGCUGUUCUGUCGGCUGCCCUGGACACGGACCCCAGCAUAACGGUCGUGUCUGUGGAUGGCCGCAGCGCCUACGACACCAUCAGCCGGGUGGCCGUUUUCAACAAAUUGCUUGAGGUCGCGCCGGCCCUUGUCCCCUUCACGCGCGCCUGGUACGGCGCCCCCUCUGAAUUCCUCUGGUGGGAACAACACAAUGUUUGCCACCGAGUGCCCCAUGGCGAAGGCCUCGAGCAAGGCGACGCGCUGGCUCCGGCCCUUUUUGCGCUUGGCCAACAUGACGCGCUCACCGGGGCAGCGGAACAGCUGCUCCCCACCGAGUGCUUAGCUGCUUACCUGGACGACCUCUAUGUUGUCACCACUCCCGACCGCGCCCGGCUGGCUUAUGAUACAGUCACCAGGGCGGUCCAACUUCCUGUGGUGUCUUGGGGCCACGUGGUGUGUUUGCCUUCCUAUUCUUCUGCCGUGCGCGCCAGCACGGGCAGAUGUUUCAUGUGCCCCUUCUUGCACCCUUGGGUGGCUUACGCCAUCGCUUUGCUUUCUUGCUUUCGCUCCUGGCUUUCCUUCUGGCCUUCGUCGUUUCCAAUGGUGGCCGCAGACUUCGUGGCCACAUUACAAGUCGCAUGUGAUGCAAAACUGGAGCUGCUGCAACGCUUCGCUGCCUCCAGCUGGGAGCCCGAGCUUUUCAUCGUGCCAGAUGCAACCGCAGGAGGUGACCACGUGGGCGACAUGGCAAUCGUGUUUGCAGGGCCGUUGGCAGAGGCACUUGGGCGGCACUCUUGGGACCACAAGCCUGAAUUCCUUGCGGCUCUGCGUUGUUUGCGCGCCUUUGGGCUUCUUUCCGAUGACUUUGCACAAGUGGAAUUUGUCCGUGGCAUGGCACGCUUUGCUGCUGACGUCGCAAAUUUCGCUGGUCAGUGA